AUGCUGGUAAAGCAACUUCUCCAAACUAAAAUGUCCUAUUUCUCUCUCCAUCCCCCUUCCUCUCUCUCUCUCUUCUCUCUCUCUCUUCGCUCUUCUCUUCCCCUCCUAAGAAGAUAGAUGAGGAAAAUGAGGCCAACUUGCUGGCAGUGCUUACAGAAACGCUGGAUAGCAUCCCGGUGGAUGAGGACGGAUUGCCUUCGUUCGAGGCCCUGGCAGAUGGGGACGUGACCAAUGCCAGCGACCAGAGCUGUCCCUGCACCCCCGACGGUUCGCCACCCACCCCCGAACCAGAGGAGCCCUCCUUGGUAAGACCCUGUUCCGCCCCCUCCCUCAUCCCCCAGCACACCCCUUUCCCUUCACCCCCUUUGCCAGGGCCUCCGUCGACACCAGAUAAGGCGCUGUGAGCGAAGCAGGCCGGUGACCAAAAAUGUAUAUGUGCCUUGCAGGCCUUCAGCUUUGGCAGCCCAGCCGCCGCCACCCCCCAUGCCCCCCCUUGUGCAUGUCGGUCUGUGGGCUGAGAUGAGCCAUGAUGCAGAUGCAUGGAUGAAAGAGUAAAUCGAAUUGAUCAGUGUUAGCUGUGAGGUGCUAAUUACAUUGUAGUGUACUAGCUGCGCCAAUGUAAUGAUACAUGCACAGUGCUGGGUCUGGUAUGGGCGACGCUAUGCCACGGGCCUCGAAAUCGAGCUAGGGAUGUAAUGAGAAAAGGGAAAUCCAUCUCAUCUCAUCUAAUGUCAGUGGGCCAUACUAAUCCCAGAGCCAUCAUUGGAGAAAGACUGUUUCCUGAUGAAAGUUGGUCAUACCGGUGUAUUUGUUACGAAACACACAACAUGACUACGUAACCCCUUUGAUUUGGCCUUUCCUGAGGGGGUUUGACCAGGAAUGUUUAUUUUGUUCAGUUCUAGUCCAUUGUAUUUCAUGCUGGCUCCACACUAGUAAAGCACGGCCAUUGUGUACUCCAAAACAACUGCCACAGUAAUUCUCGUUGACUUGUCCUUUUAACACUGUAAAUAAAGAGAAAGAAGACCUGCUUGAUAGAUAGUAAUGAGUUUGUCUUCAUGAGGGCUUCUGUGUUGUUGUUACAACUACAACAAGAUAAAUCGAACAUCCUCAGUCACACAUUUACAAAAGCAUUGACUAUCUCUCUCUCUGAUCGUUUAAUUUAGUGAAAUGUUGAAAUUUCAGAGGCAACGGCAGUUUGGGUAAACUCUACUCACUGCUUUUUUCUCUAUUCUCUCUUCCUCCCUCCUUUCUUCUCUGUUCUGUGUGUUUUUUUUUGCAGCUGAAGAAGCUCCUUCUGGCACCCGCAAACUCCCAGCUCAGCUAUAAUCAAUACAUAGGCGACAAGGCACAAAACCAUGCAGCCAGCAACCUUCGGAUCAGACCAACACCUGCUGUUGUCAAGGUAGCUACCCAGUUGCACCGUUCGCUCACUUCAAAGGCACCGCUUCCGUGGGCCCCUCCAUGUUUGUUUAUCAUCUAUGUUCUCGUCUUUUUUUUCAUUGCCGGCCUUGGAAGAUGUUAAACUUCUGCUCCACUGCCAUCUCGUAAUAAAAGCAGGCUGAUUGCCUGUUCAGCUUUCCAGGCGAGGCAUCGGGACUGUAACGGUGUCGGUCGAAAAUCAAAGCGCUCCUUGUAGUAAGAUUGCUGCUGAUGACUAAAUCAAAAAUAUCUAGUGAUACAGUCUCAUUGUUUCCAUUAGGUUACCCUCUAUCUACUGUUAGUGUUCUGUAGAGGGAAUGGGUUUUCCAUUUAGAUUAAUGUAGUAUUUUAUUGGGUGUAUAAUGGGCACAGGAAUACAAAUUAAAUGAAGUAGGUGAUUCCAGUAUUUUGCUGCUUGCCGCAUUUCAUUGGAACAUGAUGGAUGCUCUUGAAGAUUAGAUUUUUAUUUAGUACGAUAGCACAUAAAUAAUGCAUUCGAUUACUCGUCCUUGUUCAGAGAAACUUCUGGAAUGCGUUGGUAGCAUUGUUGUCUAGUAAACAGUGCAUACGGGAGCAGUUGUGUUGUGCACACACAGAGCUAACACAUCUCUGGAAAGUCUAUUUUUAAACCGUGCUUUUGACUCAUCCAUUUCUGGAGCACGGAGCUAUGAGGACUCCCCCAGGACAGGGGAUGAGCGCACAGAGCUGCUGCGGUGCCGCUCGGGGGCCACGCAAUUAAGAUGAUGGGCGGGCGACGCUCCCACCACCGCCUCCCAAACAGUUGGGCAGACCCGUUGUGCUGAGCCUCACUCUCUUUUUUAUUUAUUUUUAUUUAACCAGGUAAGCCAGUUGAGAACAAGUUCUCAUUUACAACUGCGACCUGGCCAAGAUAAAGCAAAGUAGUGCGAUAAAAACAACAACACAGAGUUACAUAUGGGGUAAAAAAAAACUAAAGUCAAAAAAAAUACAACAGAAAAUAUAUAUACAGUGUGUGCAAAUGUAGCAAGUUAUGGAGGUAAGGCAAUAAAUAGGCUAUAGUGCAAAAAUAAUUACAAUUAGUAUUAACACUGGAAUGAUAGAUGUGCAAGAGAUGAUGUGCAAAUAGAGAUACUGGGGUGCAAAAGAGCAAAAUAAAUAACAAUAUAGGGAUGAGGUAGUUGGGUAGGCUAAUUUCAGAUGGGCUGUGUACAGGUGCAGUGAUCGGUAAGGUGCUCUGACAACUGAUGCUUAAAGUUAGUGAGGGAGAUAAGAGUCUCCAGCUUCAGAGAUUUUUGCAAUUCGUUCCAGUCAUUGGCAGCAGAGAACUGGAAGGAAUGGCGGCCAAAGGAGGUGUUGGCUUUGGGGAUGACCAGUGAGAUAUACCUGCUGGAGCGCAGACUACGGGUGGGUGCUGCUAUGGUGACCAAUGAGCUAAGAUAAGGCGGGGAUUUGCCUAGCAGUGAUUUAUAGAUGGCCUGGAGCCAGUGGGUUUGACGACGAACAUGUAGUGAGGACCAGCCAACAAGAGCGUACAGGUCACAGUGGAGGGUAGUGUAUGGGGCUUUGGAGACAAAACGGAUGGCACUGUGAUAGACUACAUCCAAUUUGCUGAGUAGAGGGUUGGAGGCUAUUUUGUAAAUGACAUCGCCGAAGUCAAGGAUCGGUAGGAUAGUCAGUUUUACGAGGGCAUGUUUGGCAGCAUGAGUGAAGGAGGCUUUGUUGCGGAAUAGGAAGCCGAUUCUAGAUUUAACUUUGGAUUGGAGAUUAUUAAUGUGAGUCUGGAAGGAGAGUUUACAGUCUAACCAGACACCUAGGUAUUUGUAGUUGUCCACAUACUCUAGGUCAGACCCGUCGAGAGUAUUGAUUCUAGUCGGGUGGGCGGGUGCCAGCAGCGUUCGAUUGAAGAGCAUGCAUUUAGUUUUACUAGUGUUUAAGAGCAGUUGGAGGCUACUGAAGGAGUGUUGUAUGGCAUUGAAGCUCGUUUUGAGGUUUGUUAACACAGUGUCCAAUGAAGGGCCAGAUGUAUACAAAAUGGUGUCGUCUGCGUAGAGGUGGAUCUGAGAGUCUCUCUCUUCCUUAAUCUCUUUUAACUCUCUUUCUUUCUUUCUACCUCCCCCUGCAGACGGAGAUCUCCUGGAACAGCAAGCCGAGGGGGGGCUGUCCGCAGCAGAGCCGUCUAGUGAGGCGCCCGUGCACCGAGCUGCUCAAGUACCUGACUGCCACUGACGACAUUCUCCUCCAGACCAAAGCCAGCGAAGCCAAGAGCGCCUGGGGGGGCGGCGGCAAAGACAAGGGCGGCCUGCUAGGCGCCUCCUCCACCUCCUCGUCGCCGUCCUCCUCCUCCACUUCCUCCUUCUCCUCGCUCUCCUCCUCCUCCUCGAUCGCCUCCAAGAAGAAGUCAUCCUCGUCAUCCGUCGUGUCGCAGCAGCAACAGCAGCAUCACCAGCGAGGUGAGAGCCGGGCUGCUGGCGAGUGUAGUGUGGCUGGUGUGGGGGCUGGGAAGUGGCGUCGUUGCGCUCAUGGGGCUGGUGGCACUGAGGGACAGUCCGAACCCGCGGCGGCACCCGCUCCUGUCCCCCCAACACAUAGGAACGGCAGUGCCCAUGCCCGCCCCAAACUGGAGCGCAGGCCGUCCAGUGAAGAAGGAAGGCCGCCAGGUCCGCAGCCUGCGGUGGACGCGGGGCGCCUGGCAGCCGCUAGGUUCAUUAGGUACAUGCAUUCUUAUUCUCUCCCUCCUAGAGAGACGGGUCAGACAGGCAGCUGUGGGCGUUGCCCUGAGGUGGGCACUGCCACUCAGGCUAGCGAGUGCUGGGGCGGGCAUGGCCGUGGUGCGGCGGCGUGUAGGCAUAUCACAGUGACCAUUAAGAAAAGAGAGGGGGAGCCGGGGCAUCCGUUGCUUAGCCAGCUGCUGACCUCCAAGCAGAGGCCCGCCCGCUAUCGGGCCCACUUGCUCCCGCCCACUACUACCCCUCAGCCCCGCAAGAGCAGUUCAUCAAGAAUGAGCUCUGGAGUCCUGGAGAGGGAUCAGUGUCCCAGCCAGGCUAUUGAGGUGGAGGAGAAGUACAGAGGGACUGUCAAUAUCAAUCCCGGCAGCAGGGGUCUCAGACAGGCCAAGGAGCCUGAUUCGGACCCCUUGUUGGCCGAGAGCUUAGGCCUAGGCAACUGGGUUAGCCAGCCAGACCAGGGGCUAGAUUUGGGGCUGGAGCUGGGCUUCGGUUGGCCGGAGGUUGGCCUGGUGGAGCAGGCUGGCUGUUUCAGGGAGGAGGUCCGCAAUGAUGAUGCCAUGUGCAGCCCCAUGGCGCUCUCACAGGGCCUGCCAAGCCCACUCUUCCCAGAUUCUAGAAUUCCAGACCCCACGCCCUCCAUCACACAAGGGCAGCAGCACCUACACAGGCAGGCAGUCUGCAGGCACCCCGAUGACCAGGGCCUACCAUUGUUAGGUAAUCAUCGCUGCAUCCCCGCCCUCUCUCUCUCUCUUCUCCUGCUCUAACCACUUUCCAGUUUGACUACACACUAACCCCUAUGCUAAUUCGACGCUAGCUAUCACUCUGAGAACAACAAAGAAAUUGCUAGAUGCACGAUCUAUUCCAAAAGGCAUUCUUUCUAAUUGGUACAGACCCUUGCCUCAAGAUUGACUUAAGGGGAGGUGGGAGAGGGGUAGUAGCCUGUUACGCGUUGAUACAUUAUGGCAUCUGUUAAAUAAACAACUAUCUGGCUGGAUCAAGCUGAGUGUUCUGAAUGUCUACCUAGCUAGACUCGGCAGAGCACUGCUCUAAUGUCUAACUGAGCUUCACUCUUUAGCUGCAGUUGGAGACAGCCAGAGCCUCAGGCAACUGCACAAGCUUCCUUGACUCUCCUUUCUUCCUCUGCUUUUGGUUCCAAAUGCAUGCGACAAUUACUUCAUGGGGGGUGGGGGUCACCACCACCACCACCUCUCAUUGCCAUGUGUACUGUUUGUGCCCGAUUUUUUUUUUGGUAUUGAGUGGGAUAUCUGUGUCAAACGGUGUACUCUGAACACAUGUGCUAAUGCCAUCACUUCAUCCUGCCUCACAAAGUGAACAGUCAACCAAAAGAACAGAUGGGGUCAAUAGAGAAAGCCUAUUGGUUAUUUGCUCUUCUAAACCAAUAGCAAGAGAGCAUUAUUCUAAUCGUACUAGGUUGGGUUUUGUAACAUUACCUGAUUUGAAUGCCCCAAUCUGAGAUCAAUUUGCAGAUGUGGACCUGAUCUCUUCUGCCUCAACUUGUUAUCUAUCUAGUUAAAUAAUUACCAAUGCUCCUUUGUGUUCUGCAGCCAAACCAACCACCUUGCCACUUCCUUUGACCCCAGAGUCUCCAAAGUAAGUGCAAGAGUUUUUCAACAUUCUACAUAGACCAGACAACAACAAAAAAGAACAAAGACAAAUAAAAAGACAAAGAAUUAGCACCAAGAUGAGGCAUUUUGUUAACUCUCAUUUCCAUUUCUAAGAUCACAAAGCCCUUUUAUUAAAGUCACAUUUUCCUGUGUUGAGUAAAUUGGUGUGUUCAAUCCCUUUUGUCUUUCAGUGACCACAAGGGAUCACCGUUUGAGAACAAAACCAUUGAACGCACAUUGAGUGUGGAGAUCUCUGGAACCCCAGGUAAGCAUCUCAUGUGUUUUCAGGAAAUGUAUGAAUUAAGAUCCAUAUAUGAAUGAGUGGGGCUUGAUGCAAAUAUUCACACAAAUGUGUUGUGUUAUAAUGGAAAACCCUAGUUCUCUCACUUAGCCAGUUAGGGGUUCAAUUACAGUCACUGCCUCAAGGCUUUUCACACCAUCUUGAUAGUUCCAUAAAAGUUCAGAGUUGAAGGUGAAGGACUAGGACACGGUGUGACAUUUUUUAUAUGCCUCACUAUUGAUUAAGCUUUCCAAUCUCCUUUGGGUUUAUUAGACAGAUCCCCCUCCUCUCGGUGAAGAGUUAAUAUACUGCCACUCCUUUUUCUCUCUCUCUCUAGUUUCGAUCUUAAUGCCCUUUGACUGUGAUGCUCACCAAUACAUCACUGACAAUUGAUGUGUCAUUAUUAUUGUUUUAAUUGGUUUUGCCACGUAAUUCAGUUUCGACCGAUAUUAUCUGUCUCUUUUUUUCCUCAGACAGUCUGGUAAUUUGAUUAGAGACAUGGAAGGUAAUGUCCAAUGGUAAGGCUUGAUAUUUAUGGGAAGGAUGCCAUUUUCCAAACGGGGUCAACGCGGGGUGAUUUUAGUAGUAUUAUUGUCAUUAUCCCUGUAUAUUAUAUACUUAUUCAUUAAGUGUGUCGGUGAGAAGCUACAGACAAAAGGUAAUUAAAAGCCAGUCAAAGAGAAUGUCAGCCAAAGCUAAAACACCAGGCUUCAGCAGUUCUUCUCUCUCUCUCUCUCUCUGAAUUAUGCAGGUAAUUAUUUCACAACCCCCCCCCCCCCCCCCCCCACCCCUCCUUCCCUGAGAUUAAUCAUCCCAGGUCAAUAAAAACAAAAUGGAUGCCCUUUUCUUCUUCUUCACAAUGUGUUGUGGCAAUGGGCCUUUUGGUAUUCAUUUACUAGCGGGGAAAAGAAAUGGGCCACGAUGUAACAUGCCAGGCUCGCCCCCGAGACUCAAGGUGACGUUUUGUUUGGGAACGAGGACCAAUAGGAAUUAUCUGCAGUCUCUUUAGAGUUGGAAAGGGGGUACAUUUGUGGGACACCAAUGCCCCAAGGGGGGUCCUCCAAUUGACCUUGCUCCACUUGCCAUUUAACCCUGUGUGUAUAUGAGCAUCAGAGGUCAGAGGGGACACCCAUAGGGAAUUAAGAGCUGUGGAGCAAUCAAACUGUUCAUAUUUCUUUAUUUUUACUGUGUGUGGGUGUGCCUCUGACUGCUGGCUUAAAUCCUGUCGCAUUCUCCUCAUGUCCCUGUGUUCCUGCUCCAGCCAUAGUUAAUAAAGCCAAACUCUGACUCCACUGCCCUUUGCAGAUUUGGGAUUAGAUAUUAGGGAAAAGCAAUUAGAAGGAAAAACUCAUGGAUAUUGAGCCCCUUCCGCUUUAGGAUUAGUCUAGUCCCGUGCGGUAAGCGACUUGGGAACUCUGGAUAUGGAGAAACGUGGGGAAUGAAAUCUCUGUGAUCCCUUGAGUUAAUGUCUGCCCAAUAGCCCCGCUCAAGUAGAUCUGGAGAUUAUGGUUAUUUAAUUGAUAGCAAAAAGGAGAUAAGACAAAGGGGGAGGGGCCACCUUCAGGACAGGGAAUUAUCCGUGGCAAGUUGAAGGAGAGACAUUUUUAUAUCUUUAUUAGGAGUUGUAAUAGUAGGCCAGUAGUAGAUAAACAUUUCAGUUGUAAACUUUUCCAUGACAUGGGGUGGGAAAGGUUUUCUUCAUUAUCAGUAGUGAUGGUAGUAGUAGGCAUAGUAGUAGUAGUAGUAGUAGUAGUAGUAGUAGUAGUAGUAGUAGUAGUAGUAGUAGUAGUAAUACUAGUAGUAGCAGUAGUCGUUGUCGUAGUAGGAUUUAAUACCGCUAACCGUACACUAGGCCCUUAGUUGUUAUUGUUUUGUCACUGAGGUAAACCUGAGGCAACCCCACUACUCUGAAUGAGCCCACGGAUUUCACUGGAAGGACUAAUCUCCUCUCACUAAUAGAUUUACUCUGCACUGUGUUGUCUUUAAUUACAGUAUCUCAUGACACCGGGGUUUGGGUCUAUGUGUUGCUAUUUGCAUGGCUUACCACCGGAUCAACUCUUUAAUCCCCGAGUCGGAGUCAUUCGUUUGGAAGUCUCUUUGCAAUUUACAGUCCGGACAGAAACAGAUUAGGAAAAAAAUGAAGAAAAAGACAAAAAAAACUGGCUAUAUGAUAAGUGUUUGUGUCUGCCGAGCAUCCAUCACCAACUGGUUUGACUGAGAGGCGCAUAUUUAUCUAAUUCUGAUUUAUUUCGACACGGCGCUAAUGGCUCCUAGUUUAUGACCCUAGUGCGCAUUGUUUUGCACAGAUGGCGUUCCAUUGGCGAAACAGAAGUUCCUCAGGCACCGCGCUGGCCCUCCCUCCCUUCCCUUUUCAUAGCUCAUUUCAUUGGCAUAAUGAUAAAUAUAGCCCUCUUUCUCAGUUCUCUCUCUCUCUCUCGCUGAAAUGCUGCAUCAAGUCUCUGUGUCGCUACCGGUGUACCACGUCUGACUGUUAAAGUGGGACGGGGGUUUGCGGCUCGGUUUAACGUAAAAUCCAGAUAAUAAUUCUAGAUGAUAAGCUGGUCGGAUUAGACAGCCUCAGGAAAUGGCCCCGAAACAGAUUUUUUUUUAUGUAUCAGUCUCUCUCUCGCUCUUUCUCUCUCCCUCUCUCAUUCUUGUUCUCUCUCCGUGUCUCUCUCUCACGCUCUCUUUCCUGGCUCCGAGCCGUCCCAGUAAAUACUCUUACACUGGAUUUGAUACUAAUAGCUGUCAUUUGGUGCAAUUCACUGUGAGGGAGAGGAAUGUGCAUUCAUAAAAUUUGCAAAGACAGGUGUUCAAAGUGCCUAAAAUACAUUCCAGAGAGGGAGGCUGUUCGCGGCUAUUGUGUGUCUGUGUCCAUGUGUCCGUGUGAAGGUGCAUGUGUGUCUGUGUGCUGUGUAUUAGUCUGGAAGAGAAAGACAGACAGUGAGAGAAAGAGAGAUGAUGAGAGACAGAGAGAGACAGAGAGAUUGAUCCAGAGAGGAAGACAGACGGGGAGCAAGGAGGGGAAGAGACAAGAGGGAGACGAGAGGGAAGGGACUGCCUACCUAGCGCUGGUUGUUUGUGUAUGUGCAUUAACAGUGCUAUAAAGCGGGCCCAUCUCAGGAAUUCCCAUAUAACUGCCAUCUGUCGGCCUAUAAAUCUGUCAGGAGGGGUCAGGUUCGGCACGAGCCACAGAGAGGCAGGCAGGAUCUGAGAAGAAUGACAACCCAUUACCCCAGCAGACACUGAGCCUCCAUUACCAGUCAGACAUCUCCCCAGUGCCAAGCCGACACUAUCGUAUGACAGCGCAGUGGCAUGCCAUAGCAACAUGUACCUCCGAAUACUGACAUAUCUCGCUACCUUGACUGGCAGUAGAGAGAGGAAGCCUGAGCUAUAGGACACUUCGCUUUUUUUAGGCUACAUUUGAGGGUUCAAGUCGUGAUGCUAUAUAUUUUCAAAGGAUGGUCGGUCGAGGAGGAUGUGUUCUAUUUGUCCCCUGCGGAUGUGUGGCUUUCUCUUCUUCCUGAACGAGGGAUUGUCCAAGGUCAGGGAGGGAGGGAGAUAUGGCGGUGGUAGCCGAGCCAUGUAGCAGCUCCACCAUAUUAAGUUACACAGAGCAUUACAUUAAUCUGUCAAGAUUGCAAUAAAAUACGGAUCAGGAUUAGGAGCAGGAAUGAAAGUGAAUAUUUUAAUCAAGCCCCUGUAUGUAUCCACUGUCUAUAAACAGGUUGUGGGGAAUGGAAGGGGAGGGAGGGAGGUGUAGAGGUAGAAUGCAUUAUAAUUCCAUUCUCUUAUCAACCCUCUCGCUCUCUCGCUCUCUCUCCCUCCCUCCGCCUCUCCCUCUCUCUCUCCAGGUCUGACACCACCUACCACGCCCCCCCACAAAGCCAGUCAAGAGAACCCUUUCAAAGCAUCACUCAAAACCAAGUUGUCUUCAUGCUCCUCGUCUGCCCUGGCGUGCAAGAGGGUUCGGCUGAGCGAGGCGGGCCCCUGCGGCCCCACGACCCUAACCCCGGCCCUAGGCGGGGGUCCCUCCAGGAAUGGCCCCGAGCAGACUGAGCUGUAUGCCCAGCUGAGCAAAGUGUCCACUGCCCUCCCCACCUUGGUGGUCACUGCGACGACAGGGGGUUGCCAGGAGGAGCACUGCGGCGGCAACGGCAAGCGGGGUGCCCAGCCCCGCAGCUACAGCGACCACGACUAUUGUCAGUCGACGGCGGCCAGCACAAAACAGGAAGCCGCCGCUAAUGCAGCUAACGCUAAUGCAGCUGUCGCUACUGUUACUAUGACGACUACUACAACAACCCCUCUGAUGCCCAAUCCGGCCAUUGCGGAGGACAGGCAUGUGACAUGUAAGGACUCAGCCAUGCCACCCUCCUCCUUUUCUUCCUCCUCCUCUUCUACAUCUUCUCCUCCAUCUUCAUCCUCUUUGGCCAAGCAGCUGCAGCAGCAGCAGAGCUCUUCCCCUGUGGCUACGGAGGCUCGGGGGCAGGACCGGACCACCACCACCCAGGCAAGACCACCCCCACCACAGACCCCAGAAGGGGACCAGCAUUCCACCAGCAGGAAGCAGCCCUUGCGAGACCAGGAGAUCCGGGCAGAGCUCAACAAGCACUUUGGCCGCCCCCAGCAAGCCAUUUACAGCCAGGGUGAGAAGGGGGGGGAGUUGGUGGUGGAGGAGGGGGGGCAGGGAGGAGGGGAGAAGGCUGUAGCCCCGCAGCCGUCCGAGGAGAGCCCUGUUGGGGACGAGUACUACUGCAAGCUCCCUGGUUCUGGGUCUGGUUCUACUGGGUACCUGCACCCGGGCCUCCCGCCCUUCCACGAGGAACUUGAGCUUGAGGACCGCGGCGUGGAGGGACACUUCCUCUACCCCUGGGAGGGCACCCCCCUGGAACUGCUUUUCGAGUCCUGCUCGCCGUCCUGCUCGCCGUCCAGCUGCUCCCCCUCACGGGGCUCCGUCUCGCCUCCCUCCUCCCUCCUCCUCUCUCCCAGACACUUUGUCUGGCCCCGCUCGGGCUCCCCCUCCUCCCGCUUUCGCUCCCGGUCCCGGUCCCGCAGUUCCUCCUCCCACCACCGGAGGCGCUCCCUCUCCAGCUCACCUGACGGACGCCCCUCCUCCAGGUGAGUAAAGUCUCAAUCUUUAGGUUCCCAUGUCCAUACUACCACGAUGCUUAGAAAUCUUGCCCAUUCUGAAAAUAUUCAGACCCCUUCCCUUUUUCCACAUUUUGUUACGUUACAGCCUUAUUCUAAAAUGGAUUCAAUUACUUUUUUCCCUCAUCAAUCUACACACAAUACCCCAUAAUGACAAAGCGAAAACAGGUUUUUAGAAUUUUGUGCAAAUGUAUUAAAAAUAAAAACAGAUACCUUAUUUACAUAAGUAUUCAGACCCUUUGCUAUGAGACUUGAAAUUGAGCUUAUGUGCAUCCUGUUUCCAUUGAUCAUCCUUGAGAUGUUUCUACAACUUGAUUGGAGUCCACCUGUGGUAAAUUCAAUUGAUUGGACAUGAUUUGGAAAGGCACACACCUGUCUAUAUAAGGUCCCACAGUUGACAGUGAAUGUCAGAGCAAAAACCAAGCCAUGAGGUCGAAGGAAUUGUCCGUAGAGCUCCGAGACAGGAUUGUGUCGAGGCACAGAUCUGGGGAAGGUUACCAAGAAAUGUAUGCAGCAUUGAAGGUCCCCAAGGACACAGUGGCCUCCAUAAUUCUUAAGUGGAAGAAGUUUGGAACCACCAAGACUCUUCCUAGAGCUGGCCGCCCGGCCUAAGCAAUCGGGGAGGAGGGCCUUGGUCAGGGAGGUGACCAAGAACCAAUGGUCACUCUGACAGAGCCCCGGAGUUCCUCUGUGGAGAUGGGAGAACCUUCCAGAAGGACAUCUAUCUCUGCAGCACUCCACCAAUCAGGCCUUUAUGGUAGAGUGGCCAGACGGAAGCCACUCCUCAGUAAAAGGCACAUGACAGCCCACUUGGAGUUUGCCAAAAGGCACCUAAAGGACUCUCUGGUCUGAUGAAACCAAGAUUGUACUCUUUGGCACCAUCCCUACGGUGAAGCAUGGUGGUGGCAGCAUCAUGCUGUGGGGAGUUUUUUUAGCAGCAGGGAUUGGGAGAAUAGUCCGGAUCGAGGGAAAGAUGAACGGAGCAAAGUAAAGAGAGAUCCUUGAUGAAAACCUUCUCCAGAGCGCUCAGGACCUCAGACUCAUUUCCAACAGGACAAUGACCCUAAGCACACAGCGAAGACAACGCAGGAGUGGCUUCAGGACAAGUCUCUGAAUGUCCUUGAGUGGCCCAGCCAGAGCCCAGACUUGAACCCGAUCGAACAUCUCUGGAGAGACCUGAAAAUAGCUGACAGAGCUUGAGAGGAUCUGCAGAGAAGAAUGGGAGAAACUCCCCAAAUACAGGUGUGCCAAGCUUGUAGCGUCAUACCCAAGAAGACUUGAGGCUGUAAUUGCUGCCAAAGGUGCUUCAACAAAGUACUGAUUAAAGGGUCUGAAUACUUAUGUAAAUGUGAUAUUUCCGUUUUUUAUUUUUAAACAUUUGCAAAAAAGUCUAAAAGCCUGUUUUUGCUUUGUCAUUAUGGGGUAUUGUGUGUAGAUUGAUGAGGGGGAAAAAACUAUUUAAUACAUUUUAGAAUAAGGCAGUAACGUAACAAAAUGUGGAAAAAGUCAAGGGGUCUGAAUACUUUCCGAAUGCACUGUAUCUACUACUUAGCUUCAUUCUAAGUAGUAUGCCAGUGUGGAUAUCGGAACACAGCCAAGUUAUUCCCUCCUGGUGGGUGCCAUUUCCCCUCUGUUGUUCGAACGUUGUUUGAGCGUUGCAUAAAGGUUGUGGGCGGCUCUGACAGUGCUCCCGGCAGGGGGUGGACAGCUCAGUCGUGUCAACAGGCCUCAUCAGCCGUCAGAAACGUGUCAAUAGAGGAUAGGCGCUGUGGUCUGAGUCUCUUCAGUCUCCCAGUAUGGGGCCUCCUUUAGUUUUAGCUGCUUCAGGAUCCCCAGCUUGAACUAGAAACAUGGGGGAGACUCAUUAUGUUCCAGAGGAAAGAGGCUUUAACAAUAGGAGAGUGUGUCAGGGCCAGGGAGAAUCCUUACAGGCUGGACUACUGGACAGUGGAUUGUGCUAGCCAAGCUCAACUCUUUCAGUGUUUUACUAUAGAGUAGAGGCUGUAUGUAUCACUCUUCUCAGAGUAGAAGUGCUGAUCUAUGAUCAGGUCCCUCAUGUACAUAAUCGUAUUCAUUAUGAUCUAAAAGGCUAAACUGAUCUGAGAUCAGCACUCCUACUAUGAGAAGCUUGAUACAUUUGGUGUAUUAGUCAGGUUUGGUGUAUUAGUCAUCAAAACGGUAUAUCUGAGAAAGAGGCAACUAGGAAAAUGAGAAGCGACUGAGGCGUUGUGCUUUGGUUGCUUCAACGUUGUCAAAGCCUUGUUUCCCAUGGCAAGGUUUUGUCACUCUCAUCUCCUUCUCCGCUUUCCUGGGAUCUCUGUUUGAUGCAGUGCAUGUUGUUUUAAGCUGCAGCUGUUGUUUUGCUGAGCGCCAGGAGAACCCCCCUUUGUCCCGGAAGAUGAAAGCCAAAUCUGGGAAGUGAGUUGAGUUCUGGACCACCUCCUCUGAAAACAGUGUGUAUUAUCACAGCAGCUCGGGGGAACUACAUUUCCCAUGGUUCCCUUUGAUCAGAGCAGAGUGGGUACUGUGUUUUUUUUAAAGGAAAUAGGUACUGAGUAGGACUACAAAUAUAAGGAGACUUUUAUCAGCAAAUUUGCAUUGAGUGCCUUGCAAACUGGAUAGACUCUUCAUUCACUUCCCUCAAGCUCAUAAGUGAGUUUAAGUUUGUUUGCUGGGUUAAUGAAAGGUUUCAAUGGAGGUUAGCUUUUCCUUUGUUUUGUAGUCCUUUAUCCUUGAUAAAUCACUCACUCUGAUGACUAUCACCAACCUCAUGAUACAGUACACCAAAAAAGUCAAAGGGUUUCUAAAGAUAUCAGGGUUAGUACUUGAAAGAAGAAAAACUUGAAAAAAUAACCUUAUAAAAGGUUAUGGCUAAGGUUACCUGAGUAAAAGUACCUACAUCUCAAGAACUCACUCAAGAACUCAAAGUGAAACAAUUUCAACAAAUCAAUUUUUUCUCUCUCAAAUCUCUCUACUUCCAAACUCUUGUCUUCCUCAACUUUGUGGACGUUUGACCAUAGCCUAACUUCUCUCCCUCUAUUAUUCAAGUCUCCCUUCAUCAGCAUCAGUUCAAUAAUUAAGCAAUGAGAGCUUGUACUCUGUGUAGGGCUACUAGCUUUAGAGUUAGGCCAUGUGGCCUAAGGACCUUCCCCUCAUUCAACAUAGAUACGAGGUGUAUAUACUGGCCCUUGUGGGGGGAAAGGUGAGAACAUCUCCCAGCUGCACUGUGCAGAAGCAGAGUAUAGCAUGUCAAAUUCAGUAGAACUAGGAAAAAGUAAGUGUUAAGAAAAAUUAGCAGAACCUAUUUGGACUUUUGGUUAUGUGUUUUUUUUUAUGGUCAGAUUUGACACUGUGGCUGUCUGUCAUCUUGUAAGAAAAGGCUAUGAUUUAGGGAUGCCAAGGGACAGUGACUGGCAUAUCUAGACAAUAUUAUCGAUUUUAGAGAUACGCAUCUCAGAUAUGUACACAUUUUUGUGAUAUCCUGGAUGAUAUCUUGAUGAUUAUUGUACAUUCCGUUUUUGCAGGUCUCGUCACAACAUGGACUCCAGCACUUACCGAUCCAGGACCCACAAAAGCCCUCACUCACAGUCUCGAUCUCAGUCCAGAUCCCCCCUUAGCCGCAGGCCAAGGUAAGGGUCCUACACAUCCCUAACACUAAACCAGGGGUAAACAGCUCUGGUCUGAUGAUCCAGUCCCUGCAGUUAAUGCUUGUUUUCAUCCUUGCCUUUUAACCAAAAACAGUAAUUGAUUGAAAACCAGCAAGAUUGUGGAACUUGAGGACCUGAGUUGUGCACCGCUGGACAAUGUCCUUAUGCACAAACACAGGCAGUGUAGAAUAUUGACACUCCUUCCCAGCUCCAAAAUUAUUUGCCAUUGAUUUGAUGAGCCUAGCGACACCAGGAAAGCCCCAAAUCUUCCCAUCUCUCCAAUGCAUGGCCAAAUCUGACGAGGAAGUUGAGAGAGAAAAGUUGUACUUCUUUCCCCCAGAUGAAGCCCUAAAUAAGCAGAAAGUAAUGACGUCAAGUAGUGCUGACAGUGGCAGCUGCCCAGCUUCCGACUGUGCAUCUCUCCCGCUAUCCACCCUCUCCCGCGGGCCUCCUACGGGAUGCAUAACCUUAACAGCGAGGAGGAGGCGUCUUCUUAUUAAGGCAUUUGUUUGUUUCCCCACCCCUCUGAGAAAUGUAGCCCUUCUCGUUGGUGGGUUUUCGGCCGAUACGCUUCAUAACUGCGGACAUUGAAAUGAAGGGCAGAUGUUGGAAGGGCGGUGGAGGACAGUGAAAGUGAUGGGUUUGGUUUGGUCCCUCCGCAGGUACGACAGCUACGAGGAAUACCAACACGAGCGUCUGAAGCGGGAGGAGUACCGCCGGGACUACGAGAAGAGGGAGUUUGAGAGGGCCGAGCAGAGGGAGAGACAAAGUCAAAAAGCAAUAGUGAGUUCCCCUGUCAUUGUUCUGAUCUCUCUCUUUUCUGAUAUCUCUCUCUCUCUCUCUGCCUAUCUCUCUACGUUCCCACCCACCCUUUCUCUCUCUCUCUCUCUCUCUCUCUUCCAUCUCUCUGACCUACUCUCUCGUUCACAAAACCCAACACACCCUUGCUCUCUCUCUUAUCUCUCUCUGGUCUUCUACUCCUCUCCUCUCUCUCUCUACACAGUUCACACCCUCCUCUCUCUGUCUCUCUCUCUCAUCUAUCUCUCUCUCGCUCUCGCUCGACAUCUCUCUCCUCUCGUCAUCUCUACUCUCUAUCUCUCUCUCUCUCUAGUUCACACCCACCCCCUUUCUCCUCUCUCUAUCUCUCUCUCUCUCUAUACUCUACGUUCCCACCACCACCAAUUCUCUAAACUCUCUCUCUCUAUCGUAUCUCUCUAGCUCCUCUAUAUCUCUCUCCUUUAUCUCUAUGUUAUCACCCCACCCCCCUACCAUCUCAUCUCUCUCAUCUGCACUAUAUCCUAUCUCUCUCUCUUUCUAUAUAGCUCCUCUCUCUCUCCUCUCUCUCUCUCUAUAUGUUCCACCCCCACCCUCGCUCUCUCUCUCUCUCCACUCUGCCUUAUCUAUUCAGACAAGUUCCCUCCCCAUACCCUACAAACCUUUUCUACGCCGCCUUCUUCUCUCUUUCUUACUUUCUCACUUAUCUAUGUGAUCCUCGAUAGUCUCCUCUUCUAAUCUCUCUCUUCUCUCUCUCUCACCUCCGAUCCUCACGCAUCAUCUCCUCUAUCACAUCUCCUCUCUAGCUCUCUAUAUCUGCUAGCUAACCUCAUACGUUCCCACCACCCUUAGAUUCUCACUACCUCCUCUCUCAUCUCACAGAUACGCUUCCCCUGCAUAUAUCUGUCUACGUUACACCCACCCUUUCUCUUCCCUCUCACUGAUCUCGAGAGCCUCAUCCGCCAAUGCCAGCCUAUCUCUCUAAGGGCACUAAAUCCCAAACUUUGCGCCGACCUCUCGACUAGCGUGCCACCAACCUAGUACACAGAGGCCGUAGUCGGCCUCUAUGAGCACUGCGAGACAGGCCAAACCCCAAACUUUCGACUAGAACUACCCCUAGCAACCUCACCCCACCCCCCAACACAACAACCCGCCGCAUAUAUCAAUGCACUUCUCGAUCUGCUAUACUCUCUACGUUCCACAACAAACAUCUUCUCCUAUCCCCCCUCCCCACUAUCUCCUCCUAUCAUAAUCCUCUACUCACAAGCCUCAACUCUAUACUCUUACUCUACUACCGUUCCCACAACCCUACUAGACUCUCUAUCUCUCUCUGCCCUAUGACUCUUACGGUCCACACCACAAAUCCCUUCUAGCUCCUCUUCUCGCUCUCUAUAUUCUUCACACUACAGCGCGCUGCUCUCUGUCUGAUCUCGCUCUCCUCUCUCGCUCUCUCUGAGCUUCCUAUACGUUCACAAACCACCAUCUUCUCCUCCUACCGCUCUCUCUCCACUCCUCUCUCGCCAUCUCUUACGUUCCAACCCACCUCUUUCGCUCUCUCCUAUCGUCUAUCUAUUGCCUAGAUACUCUAAGUUUCCCACCACCUCUAUUCGCUCAUCUCUCUCUCUCCUCUCUCUAUGCCUAUACGCUCUAAUUACCAACCCAACCCACUGUCUCUAUAUCCUCUCUCUAUCUCCCUCUCUGCUAUCACGAUCAAUACCUCCGACGACUUCACCAACCACCACCCCCCGUCGCUCCCUCUCCUCUCUAUCUUGAAGAUCUUCUCGAAGUUACCAACCCAAACCUAUCUUCUCCUCUCGCUCUCCUCUCUCUCUUUCUUCUCUCUCUCUCUACUCUCACUCGCGCUCCAGCCAUCGCUCUCUCUCUCGAUUCGCCACCUAUCUAUACGGCCAAAACCAACCGGUCUAUCUCUCUAGCACUCUCUCCUCUCUCUCUGCCUAUCUCUGCUAAUUUCCCACCCACCCUUUCUUCUCUCCCUCGCUCUCUCUCUCAGUCUCUCUCUGCCCCACCUAUCUCUCUAAGUUCCCACCCACCCUCGCUAUCGCCACAUUCUCUUUCUACCUCUAUAUUGGCACCUACUUUCACCUGUCCACCCCCCCACCUCAUUGAUCUCUCAUCUCUCUUCCCCGUCGAUAACCUCUCGUACCCCUCUCUCAUAUCCACUUCUAACAGCCCGCCAGCCCCACCUGAUAAUAUUCCCCCGCUGUGAGCCAUGCUGUCUCACUACCCUCGACACCCGCGGCAGCCGUUGUGGGCCCGUGGCCCAGUCCCUGACCGCUAUCCUCUCUACGGACUGA